CGGACCGCUCACCCCCCGGUACCGCAGCCCCCCGGCCGGAGGGGCAGGGAAACCCCCCCCAUCCCAGGGGCAGAGAGCUCUGCGGAGGGCAGGGACCCGGCGGGUGCUGAGCCGAGCCUGCAUCCCCUGUGUCAUCCUCCUCCUCCUCCUCCAGAGACACCAUGCCUGGCCUCUACACCCUCUCCAGCUGGGACCCUCUGCCCCUGAAGAGCUCCAGGGUGAAUGCUUGUGCCAAUGGCUACUCCCUGAGCAUCACCGCCCACCUCGUGUACACCAACCCCCGUGAGGAGCCUGUGGAAGGAAUCUUCAUCUACCCGCUGGAGGAGUCGGAGGUGGUGGCCGGCUUCAAGGCGGCGGCGGGCAGCCGGCAGGUGACCUUCCAGGUGCAGAACCGUCACCGGGCGCAGGACUGCUGCCUGCAGAGCGGCCCUGGUCCUGGCUGCCCGCGACGCUGUGCCAGCGGCCACCUUGUCCUGGAUGAAGAUGUGGAGUGCUCCACCUUCGUGAUGGCCACGGGCCAGCUGCGCCCGGGGGAGAGCCUGGCCGUCACCCUGAGCACGGCGCAGGAGCUGCCCACGCUGCCCGAGGGGGCCCUGCGCCUCCUCCUGCCCCCCGUCCUCGCCCCCCGCGUCCCCGCCGCCCCCGAGAGCGAGCCGGCAAGCUUGUGUGACGACAGCCCCACCAGCUGUUUCAGGGGGCCGGGUGCCCGGAGCCCACCGUCCCCCACGGUGCCUGCGGAGAACGUGGAUGUCUUUCGGGGACGGCCCUGCAACCCUUUUCCAUACGAGUUUGCCUUCGAGCUGCUGGUGAAGGGCCCCUGCUUGCUGGCAGGCCUGGAGAGCCCGUCCCAUGCCCUGCGAGCUGACGCUGACCCUUGGGCCAGCUCUGCUGCCACCACCCGAGUGACCCUGGCCGAGCCCCACCGCUAUGACAGGGACCUGGAGAUCAUCCUCUACCCCUGUGAGCCCCACCACCCCCACCUGGUGAUGGAGGAUGGCACCAUGUCAUACCCCGAGUACGAGGCCCACGUCCGGAGCCGCCGGGAUUACACACGGAUUGCCAGGAAGGACGGCAGCGGCGAGAGACAGGUGGCUUUCGUGCAGAAGCGUUUCCACAAAGACAUCUUCCCCAACCCGGUGCUGAUGCUGAACUUCUGCCCGGCGGUGGAGGGUGUCCCUGGGGACCUGCAGAGCGUCACCCGCGAGAUCCUCUUCCUCGUCGACCGCAGUAGCCCCGUGAGUGGCCCCGACCUCGACAAGGUCAAGGAGGCUCUGCUGGUGGCCCUGAAGAGCCUCCCGGCGAGGACGCUGCUCAACAUUGCCAGCUUCAGCGCCGACGUUCAGCCGCUCUUCGCCUCCAGCCGUCUCUGCAGCAACGUGAGUGCCCCCGGGCAGAGCCCCCCUGGCCCCUCUCCCUCCCCCUCAGAUGAGGGGAUGGCGCGAGGCCAUCUGUCCCUGCUGCAGGAGACGCUGCGCCGCGCCGGUGAGCACCUUGGGGGGCUGCGGGCGGAAGCAGGGGGCACCAACCUGCUGGCAGCCCUGGGCUGGGCGCUGGCGCAGCCCCUCUGCCACGGCUACCCCCGCCAGCUCUUCCUCUUCACCCACGCGGCCGCUGGCAACACCGGCAGGAUCCUGCGGCUGCUGCGCCGGCAGGCCAGCACCCUCAGGUGUUUCAGCUUUGGCCUGGGCCCGCGGGCAUGCCGGCGGCUACUGAAGGGCAUGGCCAAGGUGAGCCGGGGCCGCGCUGAGUUCCUGAGCCCGGCUGAGAGGCUGCAGCCCAAGCUGAUCCAGUCUCUGAAGAAGGCAAUGGAGCCGGCCGUCAGCGACAUCACCAUCGACUGGUACGUCCCCGACAGCAUGGAGGCUCUGCUCUCGCCCACCGAGCUCCCAGCCCUCUACCCCGGUGACCGCCUCGUCAGCUACUGCGUCCUCUACAGCAUCGCCCGCUUCCGCGACAGGCGCCCGCCGGGCCGGGAAGGGGCUCGCUGGGGCUCCCGGGGCUCAGCCAUCCCCUCACAGGAAGAGGUGGCCAGUCCUGGGGAGAGCCGCCAGCCCCCCCGCAGCACCCCGGGGUCGGGGGACGCCUCCCUGGAUGUCUCUGCCGGGGGCACAGAGGUGUCGGAGCGCAGUGGGGACCCCGUUUCGGGGAGUGACAUCUGGAAGCGGAUUUACCAGCCCUCCUACAUCCAGGAGCAGUACGUCCUGACCCACUGCUCCGUCAGCACCGACCCCAGCCGGGGGCUGCUCUCCCGCAGCUCCACCAGCAGCGAGUCCACCGGCUCCCGCGACAUGGCCCCCGAGGGUGGCUCCUUGGCCACUGGUGCUGAUGCCACCUCCCAGCAGGGACAGAAGAGCCUGUCCCUCUGCGAGUCCUCCACGAAAUCCGCCCCACUGCCCUCUGCCCCGGCCGGCACCAAGGUGACGGUGGCCCUGAGCACGGAGGAGCUGGCCCGGCGGAGAAAGGGGCUGGCCCGCGCUGCCAUGGCCGGCCGCAGCUUCUCCUCGCCCCACGGAGAGCUGGACGCCCACCGGCUGCGGCGGGCCCUGGAGAAGGUGUCGCAGAAGAGGAACCAGUCGCUGGAGGGGCAGCUGGACCAGCUGGGACCCCGGGGACGGCAGUCACAGUCCGGCGUGGCAGAGUCCAAUAACCUCCUCUCACCCACCCACCUGGACUGGGACAUGCUGGUGGAGCCCUCCUACCUCUUCAGCGCCUCACCAGUGCCCGAGCCAGGGGGGGACGCCAGCCCACCCCUGCGCUGCCAGGUGGUGAUCCACGGGCUGCAGGCCGGCAAACCCGUGUCCUGGGAGGUGAUGGUCUCGCUGGAGCCGCUGCUGCAGCCCCGGGAGGGGCCGGGCAGGGAGGACCCCCUGCCCCGGGGGGGCAAGGCCGGGGAGAAGCCCCUGCACCGCUUGGCAGCGCGGUCUGUCAUCCGGGACAACGAGAACGCGGCCCAGCGGGAGGCUGAGCUGCAGCAGGCAGGUUUCGCCCGCCGUUUCCGCCUGAAAGCCCUGCAGACCAGCAGAGCCUGCGGCGUGCCCUCCCUCUACACUCGCCUGGUGCCCAUCGACGCUGCCACCCAGGCGGCCCUGCCCGCCGCCCCCGAGGUGUGGGGCACAGCCGGCUCAGCCAGCCGGCCACUGGCCACCGCGGUGAUGAGCCGGCACCGGGGGAGUCCCCUGGCGGGUCUGGGCCAGCAGCGGGAUGCCGAGGAGCAGGAUGAGCCCCCCGACGCCGCAGAGCGAGAGGAGACCCCCGGGUCCCCGGCCAGCGCCUCCUCCACCACCUACGGCUGGGAGAAGCAGAACAGCUCCAACGGGCCCCCGAGCAGCCCCUCCACCGCCUCCAUGGGCUCCCAGAAAUCCACGGAGAGCAUCGCCGGCUCCAGGUUCAGCCUGGGCCGGCGCAGGGGUCCCAGCCUGGCCCUGCGGCCACCGUGCCUCAGCCCCGACAGCGAGCGCUCCGACCACCGUGCCAGCCACGACUACCUCCCGCUGGGGCAGCUGCAGGAAGCCCAGGGCCCGUUCCAGCUCACUGAGAGCUUCUCGGAGGUGGUGCAGAUCCCCCUGGACCGCCUGUGCCGGGCCUCCCCCUACGCCUGCCACCGCGCCAGCCUCAGCCCCACCUCCCCGGGGGCCAGCAGUAGCCCCGAGGCUGGGCCCCGCAGCCAGGAGGGCGAGGAGCCGGCUGUGGCCCCGCAGCCCAGCUCCCCCCCGUCCCGCAGCACUUGCUCCGAAGUGCCCAGCGCGGCCGUGUGGGCACAGGCUGACAGCGGCCACGGCUCCGAGUCCGACACUGGCCCCCACUCGGCCGCCCCCUCCGAGACGGGCGUGAGUUUGCAGGAUGCGGGGCCAGAGGACCUGGAAAGCACCAGCUGGGCCACGGCGGUGGCGCUGGCCUGGCUGGAGCAUCGCUGCGCCGGCUUCUUCGAGGAGUGGGAGCUGGUGGCGGCCAAGGCGGACGCCUGGCUGCGGGCCCAGCAGUUGCCCCCCGGGGUGGACGUGGGCUGCCUCAAAGGGGCGGCCCGGCACUUGUUCCUGCUGCUCCGGCACUGGGACGAGAACAUCACCCUCAACAUGCUCUGCUACAACCCCAACAAUGUCUGACCGAGGGGACAAUAAAGGUGCCUGGCCCCGCGC